CCCAGGCCACGCCCCUGCCGCCCUGCUUUGCACCCCGAGAAGCCGGGAUGGGGGGCAGAGAGGGGGGCGCCAGGGAACUAGUCUGUGGCCCCAGGAUAAAAUGCAACCCUUGCCCUGCCCUUCACAGACUUUCCUCCUGAAAAACCCCGACGGCUCCCCUCUGCCCGGCGACUGAUGACGCGGCGGCGGGCGGCCUCCCCAUUGGCUCCCCGCGGGACGGGGGAUUUCUGUCUUCUCCCUUCCCCCAGUGUGGGGCUGAGGUUGGGGGGCAGAGUCGGCUCCCCUGGACGCGGCCAGAGCAGCAGUUGCAGCAGAGGAGAUCCUUCUCUCCGAGGAAUCCCCCGAGGAGCUGGGAUCCAGGGACAGCGACCCUCCUCUGGAGGGAGGAAAGGAUCCCACUGCCCCCCACACGCAAAAAAAAAUUCCCCCAAAACUACAGCGAAGGGAUCCGCGAGAGCAGAUCUCUCGCUGGGAUCCGGAGGUCGGUCAGAGUUGGUGAUCCGGCCAGAGAGCGUAGAAACGAAACCCGGGAUCCCUUGCCAAGUGGAUCCCUAGGAGCGCGGAGAGAGAUCCGGAGCCUGCAAAGCGGAUCCUUCUUCCUCCUCCUCCUCCUCCUCCUCCUGGCCCAGCGGAGUCAGGAUGCGGCCUCUCGGGGCGGCUUUGGCCGGCCUCUGCCUGGCGCUGAGUUACCUGCCAACAGGGGCUUUCGUCGUCCACCUGCAGGAGGACUGCUUCCUCUCGGACGGGGGUCGCGCCCUCUGGCUCAACUGGACGGUGGCCUUCAACAAGAUCCCCUUCAUCUGCUUCGAGGGAUCCAGCGGGAGCUUCCUGCCCUGCGGCCUGGGCGCCUACAGCCCCUGGGACCAGCUGACCGCCUACUUCGCGGACCACCUGAACGACGUCCUGGGGGCGCAGAUGAAGGGGGAGGCCCAGCGCUGCCAGGGGCAGGUCCAUUCGCUGUGGGGACCCUCGGCCCUCAGGAAGACUCCCCCAAAGGUCCGGGUAUUCCCUGUCAUCCCUCAGAACACCCCAGAGUCCAUCAUGUUGGCGUGUGUCGUGUGGGGCUUCUACCCGCAAGACGUGACCGUCACCUGGCUGUGGAACGGGGCCCCCCUGAAGAACGGGACAGGCCCGCCGGCAGUGCCCUCCAGCAACGGGGACUGGACCUACCAAACUCUGCUCACCCUCCCCGUGGACCCCCGGCAGGGAGGCACCUACACCUGCCAGGUGACCCACGUCAGCCUGAAUGAAACCCUCACCAAGGACUGGGCGCCAGGCCUGGCUCUGGACCUCCGGUGGAAAGUGGGGGUCUCGGCAGCCAUGCUGGGGGUCGGCAUACUUCUCCUUGCCGUGGGCACCGUCCUUUGGAAGAGGAGAUUCCCCGAAGGCUACGCCCCCAUUGAUGGCAGCACCUACCCAAAUGGUCGCUAGCCUGACUCUGAAGACGCCUCUCCCCAAACUCCUUCGGCGGCGAUUUCAUCCUGGAUCCGUUGGGGAGACCCUAAACCAUCAAAAGGGAAGUCACCAACCCUGGCCUUGCUGCUCCUUCGAAGACCCUCCAGAGACCCCCACCCCGAAGCCCCAAGGGGGCCUGUUGAGCCCAGCACCCUCCCCACACCCUGCCUCCUCCUCUGCUAAUUUCUCUCACCCGUCUAAGUCGCUGCCUCCUCCUUUGCAGCAGCUGAUUGGAACCACAGAACUGUGGGGCUGGGACCCCGGGAGGUUCUCUAGACCAACCCGCUGCAGCGCAUUGUGCAAAGAUGCCCCUCCUCUAUUCCCCUUGGCUGUCAUUGGUUACACGGGGAGACGGGGGUUGGGCUAGAUGACCGCUGGGGGUCCCAGCCGUACAAUUCUUUGAUUCUGUGGGAGAGGAACUCUUUUUAAUCCACCCGUGGGGCUCCUUUUCUCCAGGUUUUUAAAGAGAGGUGUGCACAUUUGUAUAUAUGCGUUUAUUAAGACUUUUCUUUAAAAUAAAAACUAAGGAGAAUGCAAAGGUCCCGGGUGCGGGUUCAGAGGGUUCACCUUCCUGUGUGUGGGACAAGAUUUUCCUGCAAAAGAGGACUUUGCAUUCAAACCAUUUCUUACUUGCUUUUGCUAAAGCUGCGCUUCCUGCAUUGCAGAGGGUUCGUCUAGAUGGCCCCUGGAGGUCCCUUCCAACUCUGCCCUCGCAAAGCGAGCCCCUUUCUCCAAGGACCUUCCGCCCUCCCCUUCCUAACCUGCCUGCCGUCGUGCGUUCGGGCUUCAUUUUUUAAAGGAAAUUUGUUGACACAAAAAUAAAGGGCAAAAUGCCUUCGGA